CAGCGGCCGCUCCCCGCCCGCCCGCCCCGCCCCGCGCAGGCCGCGCCGCCAUGGCCGCGCUGCACGCCAAGGCCGGCGGGCCCCCGCAGAUCCCCGACACCCGCCGGGAGCUGGCCGAGCUGGUGAAACGCAAACAGGAGCUGGCGGAGACGCUGGCUAACCUGGAGCGGCAGAUCUACGCCUUCGAGGGCAGCUACCUGGAGGACACGCAGAUGUACGGGAACAUCAUCCGCGGCUGGGAUCGCUAUCUCACCAACCAGAAGAACUCCAACAGCAAAAACGACCGCAGGAACCGCAAGUUCAAGGAGGCCGAGAGGCUCUUCAGCAAGUCCUCGGUCACCUCAGCAGCGGCUGUCAGUGCGUUAGCUGGAGUCCAGGACCAGCUCAUUGAGAAACGGGAGCCAGGCAGUGGCACAGAGAGUGACACUUCUCCAGACUUCCACAACCAGGAGAAUGAGCCCAACCAGGAGGAUGCUGAAGAGCUGGAUGGCUCCAUGCAGGGUGUGAAGCCCCAGAAAGCUGCUUCCUCCACCUCCUCUGGGAGCCACCACAGCAGCCACAAAAAGAGAAAGAACAAAAACAGACACAGCCCGUCUGGCAUGUUUGAUUAUGACUUUGAGAUUGAUCUCAAGUUAAACAAAAAGCCAAGAGCUGACUACUAGAGCCAUCAGUGCUGAUGCUCCUGGGAUUUAGGUCUGUGACUCCCCACUGAGAAGCCCUGAAGCAGGAUGGCAGCUGCAGCAGGAGUGACUCACUCUAAGGGACUUGGAUGGGGGGAGGAAAUCCUGGACCAUGUACUUUGCAUCAUUUUCAAAUCACCUGAGUUGCAGGAAGACAAAGGUGGUGUAGUAGUUGUAGUAGUUCUGAAUUCCUGACUGUUCUGUGCUUCCACCUUGGUCGGGAACUUCCUGAAAAAACUGAUACUGCUGCUCCCCUGUCACCUGCAAACCCACAGAGAGGCAUUUCCUUUUCCACUGGAACUGGGCUAGGAUUCAGUGUGUCCCAUCCAUGUUGUGAGACUUAGAUUACUUUUGUUGCUGAUAUUUAGCUUUGCAGGUUUGUUUUUUUCUGUUUUUGUUUUUAUUUUGUUGGUUUUGUUGUGCUUUUUUUAAAGCUGAAUUGUAUAGUUACAAGUUGACUUCGGGUUUCUUUGUUUAGUCCAUGUAGUGGAAGGUUCUUCAUUUUGUGGAGCAGCUCUUCUGAUUCUUACUCAAGCAGAGAAGAGGGUGGUUUAACCCUUUUCUCUUACUUUCAUUUUAAACACCAUCUCCCAAUAUUCCUCAGUGUGUUAGGUGCAGGAAGGGCAGAGCUCAGAGCCAGCUCUUUGCUGUCGCUGACUUUGGGUGGAUUCUCUUUUUAAUACAAACUUCUGUCAUUUGUACAUAAACAAUAAAAGUUCCAUGUUCAUCUCUU